GGCAGAGUGCGUUGUUGCAGAGUCACUGCGAAGUGGUUCGUGUGUAAACAAGAUGUUGGAGAAAGAAAAGUCUGGAACUAGCCAAGUAGAUACUGAUUUUGAAAAUAAUAAUAGAUUAGAAUGCAACUUAAUUUCUGUUGAUUGUAGUGUGAUGCUUGUGGAAAGCUAAACCUAAUCGAAAAAUACAAUAGAUCGCGUCUGUCGCGAAGACAAUCGAUGAGGAGACAUUGCUAACCGAGUUAGCUAGCUACUGUAGCUUUUGCCUGUUUUGCUAGCCACCUCACUGUUGCUUAAUAGCUUGCUGCAUUCGAGGCCCGUUUGUCGCAGUGCCUGAUAGCCCCUACAUGUCCAGGCCAUCCUCAUUCUGGACUGUGGGCAGGAGAUCCUGAGUUCUGGGUGGCUGGUCACUACAACCUCCUCCCACUAUGGAGGCAGGAGGAAAAGACUGUGAGGACGAGACCCUACAAACUGCCUUUAAAAAGCUCCGGGUAGAUGCUGAAAGCUUGCCUGCCACGCUGCACGUCUGUGAGACCAUCACUCCAAGAGUGGUUAGCCGAGCCUUCCCAGAGGGUGCCAAGCCCAAACUAAGCUGCCCUAAGGAGAACUGGCAUGGUAGUUGUAUGAGGAAGACGUCAAGAGGAGCCGUGAGAAGUCAAAGACGCCGGAGAUCCAAGUCUCCCAUCCUCCACCCUCCAAAGUUCACCUACUGUGGUUCCAAGAUGUCGCCCUUGCCUGGCCACCUGAAACACAAGAGCCUGCCAGAGGCCGAGGGUUGCAGCUCCUCCCUGGGGAUCCCCGCCAAGAAGGAACUGCUCUCCUCGGGCCACUCCUCCCCUGUGUUUGGCGGUGCUGGCUAUGAGCCCCACACCCCUGCUGCCUCUGGGGAAGGCCCCACAGCCAGGCUGGAGGGCAGCCCCAGACGGCCCCUGUCUGAAGACAAGGGUGUCCCAGAGGCAGCUCCCUGCGUAAGGGCUGAAGCCAAAACUGGAGCUGUGCCCUCUGACUUCAGGUCCCUGUCAAAGCUCCACAAGGGCGGGGGCCCGUGCCAGUGUCAGUGCCAAUGUCAGUGCCCGGGCUGGCAGGGCGUAGAGGUCUACUCCUUCACGGGCCUCCGUAACAUCCUCUCGGAGUGCGAGAGGAACCUGGCGAGCCCCGAGGACACGUCCCAGACCUCCCCGCACCAGAGAACUCAGACCGACGGGUCCACCACAUCAGCAUCAAGCUCCCCGCGUUCCUGUUCCGAACAGGCCCGGGCCUACGUUGAUGACAUCACAAUAGAGGACCUUUCUGGUUACAUGGAGUAUUAUCUUUAUAUCCCCAAGAAAAUGUCACAUAUGGCCGAGAUGAUGUAUACUUAAAUAAGUAAUUGAAUAAAAAUACAAUUUUGGGGGUGUGGCUUAAGGAAUGGUUAGGCAUGAAGUAAUUUAAAUAUAAGGUUUAACUGUUUAUUUAUGCAGUUUCUCCAUUCUCUUCUGUUCAACUCCAGUACCAGAGCUGAAAGACGCAUUUAAUUUUUCUUAUUACUUUUGAGUUAUUUGUUUUCCUUUAAUUUUUGAUGAUUGUCCUUAUUUCUGGUUGACAAAUGAAGUUGCCAAAGCUCUAUUGCAAAAACUGCAGGUGGGAUUUGUUGGUAUAUGCAAAGCAAACGUGUAAUGCCAAGUGUGAUUGUUUUCCACGGCUAAAGAGGUUCAUUGUAUGGAGUUUCCAUUUCACUCAAUAAAACAUUUUUGUUGAAAACA